GAGUUUCUCUCUCUCUCUCUCUCUCUCUCUAAUAUGUAGUUAAUGGCUGAAUUUGUUGUCUAAUAUGGGGUUGGUUGCAUAUAUUUGCAGCUCCUUUUUUGUUGUUGUUGUUGAACCUGAUGUGCCUGGGGAAAUCAAUUCCUUUGUUUUUAGCAGAGUUGUAAAAGGGAGCAAGAACUUUUAUAGGGGCUGGAUAUGCCUGGUACUGUGGUUUGGUUUGUAGAGUUACUAUUCUUGAUCUGUAGUUUCUUCACAUAUUCUUUCCUUUCAUCCGUUACUUUAGGGGUCAUUUAUUUGCAAAGAUUUUGGUGGAAAUGGACUCAACAUUCAAAUCACCCCUUUAUAAGGGCAUUUGCAGCUUGGAUUUCAGAGGAGUCGAAAUCCUCAAAAAAGGUCAUUUUAGAAUCCUUUCGAAUUGUUGUUGUGCAAAAUCCAAGAUUUGAAAUCCUGCUUUUGAUGCUCCGGCUGCGUGGCACUUGGUACGCAUGCACUCAGAAAUUGUACAUGUGGUAUAGGUUAGUUCAAUCCAAAGCUACUGAAGUGUGGACUCCACUGUCGCUAAUCUACGGUUCCAAUAUAUUGGUUAUGUUGGAAAUUACGAGAAGAUUUUCGUCAUCAAAUUCAUUUUCAUGUGAAGAUUCACAAUAUAAUUCUAAUUCAAACUCCUGGCUGCCAAACACAAUUUGUGGAUUCCAUAGGCUUCAAAAGCCAACUUGCCAAACACACUUGAAAGAUUCAAAAUCUCAAGGAUUUAAACUGCUGGAGAUUUUGAACCCAAAUCUCUUGAAAUCUAUGCGGCCAGACGACCCCUUAGUGACAAUUUAUUUAUUUAUUAUUAUUGACAAACCUUUAUAGAGAAGAAAACGUUGCGCAAUACAUCAGAGGGGAAGAAGUUCUUCUAGCUUCACCAAGAAUACAAAAGAAAAGCAAUGACCAAGUCAUUAAGAAUCUUAGCUAAUCUUGUAUGCAAUCUUUAUGGGUUUUGAAGGACCCAAAACCCCAUCUUACUAUAUCAAGAGAUAGAUCCUAUACAAUAACAAAAGAUUUUAUUAAGAAAGCGCCCUCGGCGAAAGGAAACAGUGAUCCAUGAAGGUAAUGGCUUAGUCCCCAAUACAAGAGAAGAUCUAUGGACUCCUCCUUUGCAAGUAUUGACUAUACAAUUUGCCUCUUGGCAAAUAUGAUGAUCAGGCGGGGGUGUGCACGUCCUUAUACUACUAAAAAUAAAAACAACAUCCCAAAGGUGAGUCCAUCUUCCGGAUGCCUAAUUGAUCAUAUUGUGAGAGUUGCCAUCCACCAUAAAGGACCCACCCGCUGACUAGAAAAAAAAAGAAGAAAAAACUCUAGCCUUGUUUUGAUGGCCAAUAGAUUUGCUGUGUAUGAGGUUCCAACUCCAGCUGGCCUAGAAACCAAAAGCUUGAUAGAACCGCUCCUGUUUCUCAACAGGCAUCAGAUCUCAAAUGCCAUAGAUUACUCAUUGAGCUGUCUGAUGUUAAGCUUCCAUUGCCCUAGGGGCGAGUCAUAAAAAAAUUGCCUGUGAAGGAUGGUUUCUGGUAACCGUUGAUGCCCCCCCUCACUAAUGGAUAAGCUCAGAUGUAGUGAUCCCCUUGAAUUAUUUUUCAACAGUCCUAAUUAACAAUAUAAAGAAAAAAAAACCCCAAUUAAUGAAGGACAACUAAACUUUGCUAGUCACUUGAGUGGUGCUUGAGGGGUUAUUCCAAAAAGUUUCCUUUCAUUCCAAAUACUCCACGUGAUAGCAUGUGGGAAAUCUGGCCUCUAAGCUUAAAAGGCUCACCACCAUCCAUAAGGUCUGGACUCGUGACUUGAAGAAGCCAAUCAAUUUCAAAGAGACCGAAGGUGUACCAAUUAGAUAUAGCAGCCUCACACCUGAGAAAGAUGUGAUCAACUGAUUUUGCAUUUUUGCAACCCAAAAUGAAUUUUCGAAAGGGACCAAUUCCUUUGUCAAAGAUUAUCUGUCAUAAGGAUCUUAUUAGCAGUGGCCACACAGAAUGCUUCAACAUGAGAGGGAUAUAAGUCCCCAAGUUUACUCAUGGGGGCUUUUGGGUCCUGACCAAACAAUGCCUUACGAAAGCUCUUAGAAAAAAAAAUCAACCAUUUGCUCACAGAGGCCCGAAGCUCAUAUCCUCCUCAAUUUGGCAAGGGGUGUCCCCACUUAGAAGGUCAAGAACCUCAAUCAUCACUGUAAGCUCAUAAUUCCACAGGUUAUGAUGGAGGUACAAAGAACACAGUCUUAUGUUCCACAAGCUCAUAAGAAUCUUUGACAAGAAUAUCUCACCUAGCAAAUCUUGAUGCAAGAUUCAUCUCCUUGUUCUAAAGAUCUUCCCAAAAGUGAACCUUCUCAGUAUGGCCCACUUUAAUCUCACAACACUCUUCAUGAAAGUGUGGCCUGUGCAUCUUGAAGAAUUUCUCAAUGAAAAAUGACUUUCCAAAUGAAGGUUCCUUUUCCUCUCAUUUCUAAAGCCAGAGAUCAAUCUUUCUCCAUAACGCAAUAUUUGGAGGCGAUAAUCUUUCUCAUCUUCACCACUUUGCAAGAAGUCCUUUGUUCCUUCGCUUAGUUCUAGAAAUACUAGGACAUCCUUUCUUCCUUUGGCUUUUGAACUUCUUCCCAACUAUGAGAUGAUAUUUGUGGUCCUUUCCACGAUCCUCCCACAAAAAAAUCUCUUUGAAUUUUCUUGUGUCUUUUUUCACCAUUUCGGUCAGGAUCUUGAAAAGAGAAAGAUAAUACAUCGAAGCAUUAGAUAAAGUGGACUUAAUACUAUGAUGCAACCACCUAGCAAUAGGCAAAAUUUCUGCCAUGGUGCCUAUUCCGUUUUAAAUUGUCUGGCCACCAAGGCCCAUGUGGCUCAAUGAUCUUGGAUCUGCCCCUAGAGGAAGACCAAGGUAAUUCAUUGGGAUCGAUGUUGCUUUACAUCACAAAAGUGUAGCAAGCUACCUCUCCUCACUACCUACCAGCAACACCCUUCUGAAUACCAUAAGAUGCUUCAAAGCCAUUCAAGAUUAUUUAAUAAUUGUGAUUUGACUGCAAGAGGUGUAAAAAAAAUGGUAUCUUCCACAAAUUGUACGUGGUUGAUCAAGAUGCCUAUAUUUCCAAGAAAGAAGCUCUUGAGGAUUCCCGUAUUGCAAGCUGAAUCAAAUUCAGUUUUAGAAAGGCCUUUGGUGAUGAUGGAGAAGAGGAAUGGAGCAAGUGGGUCCUUUUGGUGGAGAACCCUAGAGCCUUUGGAGAAUCUUUUAGGACCGCCAUUGCUUGAGAUGAGAAAUGAGCCGAUUAAAUACAGCACUCAAUCCAAUUGCUCUAGUUGAUGCCAAACCCCAUUCUUCUCAUUGAUUAAGGAGGAAAAGACCAGUCAACCCCAUCACAGAUUCCUUCCACAUCUAUUAUACAUAUGAUGUCCGGGUCUUUGCUUCUUUUUAAUAAAUCUACACACUCGUUUGCAAUGGGGAUGCCAUCUGUGAUUUGCUUUCCCAUAAGGAAUGCACAUGAUGGAACUUACAGCCUCUUUUAAUACUCAGCACCAAGAUAAUUAGAUGGAAGUCUGAAUCUCUCUCUCUCUUCAAAUUUUUUUUUUCUUCUCCUUUACUCCUUCCGCUUGCGACUUUUUGUCCCUUUCAUAUUUUGAAACAUUUUGAAACAGAUGUAGAUGGGGGUUAGAUGAAUCUUUGCAACACAGCUGGCUGGUGUGAAGACAAUUCGAGCUUGUUAAACUAUUCAUAAUCAUGUUAAAGCAAUCUUGCCAGAAGCAUAUUAUGGUUGAUUUGAGGAUGUAUGAAAUAGUAAAUGCUCAGAUCUUUCAGUAACGAAAGGUGGGUUGUCAAUUCUUCCUGUACACAUUUUGUCUAGUGGAGACAAAGAGGGUUAGUGUCUAGCAUGUUAGUAGGCUGUUUCUGUAAUAUUACAUAUAUGUAGGGGUCGAUUAGUCUCUGUAUUGCACUUAUGUUUAUUUAUAUUUGUUGCCUCUUCUUUCAGUAAUGAAAGGUGGGUUGUGAAUUCUUCCUGUACACAUUUGUGUCUAGUCGAGAUAAGAGGUUUAGUGUCUAGCAUGUUAGUAGGCUGUUUUUGUAAUAUUACAUAUAUGUAGGUCGAUUAGUUUCUGUAUUGCACUUAUGUUUAUUUAUUUAUAUUUGUUGCCCCCUGUUUCUUUGUCUGUAAGCGAACAUUAGUUACUACUUCAUAUGUAGUGAGGUCUGGCUUGAGCUUCGUAGUCCCUUUGGCUCCAGGAUGUCUGUUUCAACUUCAUAUUCAGUAGGCGCUCCUAAGACGUAAAGCAAUUGCUCAUCCUGCAUGGAGAGAAGCCAUGGAAGAAGAAAACACUGCAUCAGAAAGGAAUAACCAGUGGAAAUUGGUCAAUUUCCUGCAGGGAAAUACCAAAAUGGGGUGUAAGUGGGUCUAUAUGCACUAAGUUCAACCUAACAAUUCAAUCGGAGAGUUCAUUCACACCUAUGGGGUGGAAUCAGUGGACUGCUUAGAGAUGUUUGCAGUGGUGGUGAGAUUUGGGGAUCUAAUCAGUUAAUGAUAGACAGUAGUGGCCAUAUGUCAGCUAUAAGUAAGCAAAUAGAUACUUGCAUGGGGACCUUUAACAACAGGUCCAUAUAUCUCCUCCACCUGGUUUUCAUUAAGGGGAAGGGAGGAGAGGCCUGCCCUGUUGGUUCAGUGAGGAAAUAUUCAUGCUGAACUAGUUUCCUGAUUUGACAGGUUAAGUGGCGUCAUGAUAGAGUUCGAUUUUUAGAGGAUCACGGAUCGCUUAUGAGUAGACAAGAAAAGGAAGUACUGUUUUGGUUGGUAUUGUUCAUAGGAUAUGAUUUUAGUACGGUUGUAGAGUUGCAAGGUUAUUUGAAUUUUGAAUGUAGUCUUUCAUAUCAAAGACUUUGGACCAUUAAAUUAUUUUCUAGGAAUGAAGUUGACCAAUCCAAGAAAGGCAACUCUAUUUCUCAGCCGAAGUAUGCAAUUUAUAUUCUUCAGGAGACUAUAAAAAUUGGGCUUAAAUCCAAUUGAUCAGCCAUAUGCAAAGUCACCCCUAAGUUUAAUGAAGGUGAUGAUCUUUUUGAUGAUCCUAGAGAUUGCUUGUGAAGUUGAUAUAUCCUUCAAUCUCCAGGUCAAACUGUACAUUCUCAGUGUGGACUAGUAAAGCCAAUUUAUGUGUUUUCCUUGUUCCACAUUUUGAUCUAUCUAAGGAAUCUGAAGGGCUUGCCAGAACGAGGAAUUUUCUAUACGCGCUUCUGCGUCAGGCUACUUUGCUGUAGGUUGUGAUUUAAUUAUAGAUCCACAUCAGGACACUGCACAUUGUUAUUGGAAAUUUAUUUACAUGGAAUGGUCCAACCAGUGGUACGGAUCCCAAAAAGAAGAAGAAGAAGAAGAUGUGGCAGUCAUAUCUAGUGUCGAGGCUGUGAGUAUAGACUGAUGCUGCAGGCACUUCCAAGUUGCUUCUGUUAGGUUGUCAGCAGGGAUGGGAUUUGAGGCUCCUCUUUCUAUGGAGAUGAUAAGUGACAAUCAAGGUAGAAGAUGGUGGGAGAGAUCCACUCAUGUGAGGUCAAAGAAACAGAUUUCAGACAUGUUCACCAAGGUUCCUGCAAGGGGGUAUCCUAGCCGGUUUCAACUGUUUAAAGCACAAUUUGCUACUACAUCCGAGAGUACACAAAAGUAUUCAACAGAAAUGGCACAAAGAAACAUGCUAUGCACCCGCCAAGCGCAUGAUUUGGAAAUAGAACAGGGCCAGACCCACCUACAUCCCGAACCCUGCAUCCUUGUACGCAACAUGAUAGAUUUCCCAAAUCCUAAUAUCCAUCCAGCGAUUCCAGCUUCUGUGAACACUCGUAGUCUUGAUUCCCGUCAUUUGUCAGACCAUCAUGACAGCACCAUGUUCUAUGGAAACCAGUAUAAUGGUCUUCCGCACUGUCAUCAUCCAGUUGGAAAUCUUGAUUUAGCCGGUGCUGGCACGUCCAACUUCUCCUACAACCCUUACAUGAUUCCUUCGUCUGCCAGCAGAAUGUGCCCUAUGCCACUGAAUCAUGGUUCUUCUGAUCACAUGCCAUCUUCAAGCAGUCAUGGAAUUAUUGGAAUUGGUGUAGAAGGGUAUGGAAGGGACAACCAGUUCAUGGAUAAUGUUAGAGGGUCAUGCAAGAGAAAGAAUGCAGAGGGAGUUCCAGGGAACUACUACUACGUUAGCAGCUCAGCAGGCUCGAGCUCAUCUUCUUUGGGCAUUCCAUUGAAUACAGGACUUCAACAGUGGGAGGAACCAUUUGAACCCGGGGUUGGUGUGUUGGAUGCUCCAGCUUUUCCCCCAGCCGAAUACAGGGGAAAUGGUGUUCUGUCGAUUAAUGAAGGAUCUCAGAGAUGUGUGAGAAGCAGAUCUAGUGCCAUCAGCCUUCAGGUGGAACCCACUGCUCUGGCACAUCAUCAUAACCAAUUACUUCAAGGAAGUUACAUGGGUCGGACUUUCCAACCUGCUGGCAAUGCCUGGGUGGAACAGUUUGGGAGCAAUGGUGGCGAUGGAGGCAGUUCCAAUUGGAACUAUGCACCUGCUGCGCCUUAUUUUAAUGGGAGAAGCAUCAAUGGAGGCCCAAUAGAGACUGGAAGUAUAAAUCCACAGGGAUAUCAGGAUGCCAUGUCCAGCAGAAGUUCCGUGAAUCUCUUGCACCCUUCUUCCAUGCACCACCACCAUCCUCCUCCACACAUGCAAGGCAUGCGAGGAGGUCAGAGUUAUAGCUUCCAUCCUCAAAUUCCAACACCUUCCUACAGGCAUCCAACAAACAACAACAUGCAUCAUGGAAUUAUAAAUCCUUCUCGGGAUGGUGUAGAAUCAGGUUCAAGGUACCCAAGAUCUUUGCCAUCCAGUGGGGACCAUAUUUACAGGCCUCACAGGAGGGUGUCUCAGAAUGCUCCUGACGAAGUUAAUGGACGCAUGAGGCUUCUAUCAUCAGAGGAUGUCGCGAUACUGGAGUUUUCAGGAUUUUAUGGAGUUGGGAAUUUUGUUGAUCGACACAGGGAUAUGCGCCUGGAUAUAGAUGACAUGUCUUAUGAGGAAUUAUUGGCCUUAGAAGAACGGAUUGGAGACGUAAAUACUGGAUUAUCUGAGGAGUCCAUAUUGAAGUGUCUAAAGACAAGAACAUAUGUUUCCCCCACAACUCUUCCCCCUCCUGACCAAUCAACAAAAAUGAUGCAAGAUAAUGGGACUUGCAUAAUAUGUCAGGUUGAAUAUGAGGACAAGGAGAAGAUUGGAAUUCUGGACUGCGGGCAUGACUACCAUGCAAACUGCAUAAAGCAAUGGUUGGUGGUGAAGAACAUCUGUCCCAUUUGUAAAACAUCAGCUCUAUCCAUGGAUCAGAAAGAAGCAUGAAUGUUUAUACACAUCAUUCUACUGAUCCAUUUGUGUAUUUUGUGUACAUAGAGAUGGUUAACAAUCUCUAUCAUACAAUCGACCUGAAACUGUACAGAUUUUCAUUAAAUUUGUUUAAACUCGUUUAAAUUUCUGAUUUUAA